AUGGAUGAGCUGGUACAUGACUUAGCCUCAGCCUUGGAGCAGACAUCUGAACAGAAUAAGCUUGGUGAGCUGUGGGAAGAGAUGGCCUUGAGCCCUCGGCAGCAGAGGCGGCAGCUUCGCAAACGGAGAGGCAGGAAGCGCCGCUCAGACUUCACCCACCUGGCAGAGCACACCUGCUGCUACAGUGAGGCCUCUGAGUCCAGUCUGGAUGAGGCCGUUAAGGACUGUCGAGAAAUGGCCCCGGUCACUAAUUUUAGUGACUCUGAUGACACCAUGGUAGCCAAACGGCAUCCAGCUCUCAACACCAUUGUUAAGAGUAAGCAACACUCUUGGCAUGAAUCUGACUCCUUUACGGAAAAUGCACCUUGUCGGCCGCUCAGGCGCAGGCGGAAGGUGAAGCGAGUGACUUCAGAGGUGGCUGCCAGCCUUCAGCAGAAGCUCAAGGUGUCAGAUUGGAGCUAUGAGAGAGGGUGUAGGUUCAAGUCUGCGAAGAAGCAGCGUCUGUCACGCUGGAAGGAGAAUACUCCCUGGACAUCAUCAGGCCACGGAUUGUGUGAAUCAGCAGAAACUAGGACUUUUCUCAACAAAACGGGAAGGAAAGAAAGGAUGGAGUGUGAAACAGAUGAACAAAAACAGGGCUCUGAUGAGAACAUGUCAGAAUGUGAAACCAGCAGUGUAUGUAGCAGCAGUGACACAGGGCUCUUUACCAACGAUGAAGGACGGCAAGGGGAUGAUGAGCAGAGUGAUUGGUUCUAUGAAGGAGAGUGUGUUCCAGGAUUCACUGUCCCUAAUCUUCUGCCCAAGUGGACUCCUGAUCAUUGCUCUGAAGUAGAAAGAAUGGAUUGUGGACUGGAUAAACUCUCAGACUCCACAUUCCUUUUACCUUCUCGGCCAGCUCAAAGAGGGUACCAUUCUCGCUUGAAUCGUCUGCCUGGAGCUGCUCGAUGUCUCAGAAAGGGGCGAAGGAGGCUUGUUGGGAAGGAGACCAGCAUAAGUACUUUGGGUACUGAGCGGAUAGGCCACAUCAUUAGUGACUCCCGGCAGAAAGAAAAGAAUAAAGUGUUGGCUUCUGAUUUUCCUUCUCUUUCUGCUUGUGCACAUGAGUUUAAUCCCCUCUCUCCGCUUUACUCCCUGGAUGUUCUCGCUGACGCUUCUCACCGACGGUGUUCACCUGCACACUGCUCUGCCAGACAGGCAAGCCUACACUUGGGACCCCCAUGCUCACGUGACAUCAAGAGGAAACGGAAGCCUGUGGCCACAGCAUCUCUGUCUAACCCAAAUGCAGCAAUCUCAUCAGUUCCUGCGGAUGUGAUGGAGCCAAUCGCACCAGUGCCACAGGCCCCGAAAUCUCCCAACACAGAGUGGCUGGUCAGGACCUCGGCCCCAGAAAAAGCCGCCGAUUCAGCUGCAGCCACAUUUUUUAAGAUGCCACAAGAAAAGAGUCCUGGAUGCAGCUAG